AUGCCGUCAAUCAUUAGAAGAUGGAGAGCAGCAUUCAUAGCUGCGGUGUUCAUGAUUUUUAGUCUUCAUUACCUUCAUUCACGGCGCAGUACUUGGAGCUAUGACACGAAUUAUUUAUCUUCGAUUACGAGACCUCAUCUGCCAGAUGGAAAAACCCAUUGGUCGAAAUUACCAGAACGAUAUCCAGUAACUUCAUACAUUCCUUUGCCGACGGGAAAAGCGAAGAAGAUCCCGCAGAUUCAAAGUGCGCCUCCUAAAGAAGACGCGGCGCAGAAGGAAGAGAGAUUGGAGCGAUUGGCGGCUGUUAAAGAGAGUUUCGUACACAGUUGGGAGGGAUAUAAAGCGCACGCAUGGUUACGAGAUGAGGUCUCUCCUCUAUCAGGGUCCUGGAAAGAUACUUUUGGUGGCUGGGCCGCAACACUGGUUGAUUCCUUGGAUACUUUGUGGAUUAUGGGGUUAAAAGAAGAUUUUGAAAUCGCGGUGCGAUCGAUCGAGGGAAUCGAUUUUACGACAACGGAGCAAAAGGAUAUCAAUGUUUUUGAAACGACGAUUAGAUAUAUGGGUGGGUUCCUGGCGGCGUAUGAUAUUAGUGGAGCGCAAUAUCCGAUUUUGUUAUUGAAGGCUGUGGAGGUUGCGGAGUUGUUGAUGAGUUGUUUUGAUACCCCGAAUAGAAUGCCAAUUCCUAGAUGGGAUUGGCAGAAGUAUCUAGAAGGAGAGGAUCAAGUAGCGCCCAGAAGAGUUCUUGUCUCUGAACCAGGCUCCUUAAGUCUCGAAUUCACUAGACUUAGUCAGUUGACCGGAAAUCCAAAAUACUAUGAUGCAGUGCAAUGUAUCUCUGAUGAAUUCGAGAAAAGUCAGAACUCUACUCGAUAUCCUGGAUUAUGGCCUGUCAGUAUUGAUCUUCAAAAGCUACGAUUUGACGAAGAUACUAUGUUUACUAUGGGUGGUAUGUCGGAUUCUACUUAUGAAUAUUUACCAAAACAAUUCAUGAUUCUCGGGGGAAUUCUAGACCAACCAAAGAACAUGUACGAAAGCUUUAUUUCUGUAGCCCAGGAAAAAAUGUUUUUUCCAAUCCUAAACGAAAAGAACCAGAAAAUCAGAGUAUCAGGAGAUAUACGCAUUAAAGGCAUGGCCGAAAGCAGUACUCCGGAGCUUAUUCCUCGUGGUCAACAUCUCACUUGUUUCACUGGUGGCAUGAUUGGAAUCGCCUCGAAAAUUUUCAAUCGCCCUUCCGACCUCGCCUUAGCCGAAGAACUCACAAAUGGAUGUAUAUGGGCAUAUGAUAAUAGUCCAAAUGGCAUCGCACCCGAAAUUUUCAGCGUGGUUCCGUGCCCUAAAGAUCACGAUUGUACGUAUUCGAAACAGAAAUGGUAUGAUGCUCUCGCAGCUAUAUACACACAUCCAAUUACGAAUACGAAAGAGGAGACGGAGAAAAAAUUGAAUGGGAUUAUAGAGGACAGAAGAUUAAGUCCGGGAUUUACGGCGAUAGAUGAUCGGAGAUAUAUUUUGAGGCCGGAGGCUAUUGAAAGUGUGUGGAUUUUGUGGAGAAUCACGGGGGAUAGGAAAUAUAUGGAUGCCGCUUGGAGAAUGUUCCAGGCGAUUGAAAAGAUUUGCAGGACGGAGAUUGCGUCGGCGGCGAUACUGGAUGUUACGGUCAAGGCGUUGGUGGAUAAGAAGGGAAAGGUGAAGGGCAAGAAUGGAGAUGUGAAACAAGAGCGGUUCGCCGACAAUUUGGGUGGAAUAAGUGAAGAAGAAGGAGUGGAACAGGCAGAUAGUAUGGAGAGUUUCUGGCUAGCAGAGACGUUGAAGUAUUUCUACCUGGUAUUCAGUGACUGGGAUGUGGUGAGCCUCGAUGAAUGGGUGUUGAAUACGGAGGCGCACCCACUGAAGAGGUUGAAGAGAUAG